AUGCAAAGUAUAUGUGAGAGAACUACCUGUAUAGUGACACAGAGUUCUGUAAGAAAUGGCUUAUCGGCAGAAAAAGUUAUUGACGGUAUUACGGAUCAAAAGGAAGGAAAUUGUUCACAUACGGCUGAAGGUCAAUCAGUGGCAUGGGUCAUGGUGGACUUAGGAAGACAAUAUAAGAUAAAAAACAUAACAAUCUAUUACAGAUUUGAAGGAUCCCGUGAAAACGACUGGAAACCUUACCGAUUUCGAAAAUAUAGAUUAGAAGUAUCAAAUUCUUCUGGUCCUACACAGUCAUGGAUUGAAUGUUACAAAGACAACACACCGGAUACUCUUACACCUGAAAGCAUACAGUAUGUUCCAUGUGAAGAAACAGCAAGGUACAUCAGAAUUAUAACAACCUAUGAUGCCCCUGAGGAUGAUAAGAUCAGAAUCUCCGGUGCUAUACUUGAAAUAUGUGAAAUUAAAAUAUACGGAGUUGUCACAUGCAGUCCCCAUUGUGUAGACAUGCAAUGUGAUGGAAAUGGUACGUGCACUCGAGGAUGUAAUCAAGGCUAUUGGGGAGGUACGUGUGAGAAAAAGUGUCCGUCGACAUGUCCAAUGAACGUUUGCAAUAUAAAUACUGGAUUUUGCGAUUCCUGCAGCAAUGGGCACUAUGGGGAUACAUGUGAAAAGAUUUGUUCGUCGACGUGUUUGGAAAGGAAAUGUAUUAAACAAACUGGAAUCUGUUCAAGUGGAUGUGUUCCGGGAUAUUAUGGAUAUUUCUAUAGUGACUGCACAUUAGCUUGUGGUAACUGCAGCACUAGCACUUGUGAUCGAAAUACUGGAAAUUGCCAGACCUGUAAUACAGGCUAUUACGGAGCAAAAUGCGAUAUACAUUGUAGAAAUGCUUGCUUUAAUAAAGAAUGCAGCCAAAAUAAUGGAAGUUGUAGUAAUGGAUGCAACAGUGGUCUUUAUGGUUUAUUUUGUGAUAAGUUAUGCAAUAAAAACUGUAGACAAUUCAACUGCAGUCAAAAUGGUACUUGUAUUAAUGGAUGUAAACCAAACUGGAGCGGUGAUACAUGCAACAGAUGUGAUUCAACUCAUUUUGGAACUAAUUGCUCACAAGUGUGCAAUGUUAAUUGUAUCAAUCAGGCAUGCAACAAUGUGACUGGUGUUUGCACUGUUGGGUGUAAGAGUGGAUUUUAUUCACAAAAAUGUGAACAGAGAUGCAGUGCUUCAUGCCAAUCAAAUUGCAACAGAAACUCGGGGAGUUGUGAAGGAGAAUGUCCAGCUGGUAAAUAUGGCGAUCGAUGUGAACAGACCUGUCAUCAAAAUUGCAAAAAGGUUUGCAGUAAAAGCAGUGGUUUGUGUACUUCUGGGUGUAUUGACGGGAAAUUUGGAGCUGACUGUCUGCAAACCUGCAGUGGUGGGUGUAUUUCCGGUUGUAACCAAGACGAUGGAAGUUGUACUUGUAAGAUAGGAUGGAAAGGUCGAUACUGUGAUG